AUGAACUUAGAAAACGAAAGACCAGCAAGACUAUUUAGAUUACCAUUCAAACUACCAACAUCAGCUAGUGCCCGCAAAGUCGGUGUCUAUUUAUCAGGUCUAUUAUAUGCCCUAGGGUUUUGGCUAUUUCUGGAUGCAGUUUUAUAUUCAAAGCAUGCAAAUGGGUCAGAUAUACAUGUUACCUUUGUAGAUUGGAUUCCAUUUCUUUGUAGUACAUUUGGUAUGCUAAUUGUUAAUUCUAUUGAAAAAAAUAGAUUGUUAAGCUCCAAUUCAAGUUUAGGUGGCUCAUUAAGUGGCGGACUGGAUUCUCAUAUGGCUUCACAAGCACGUUUUGUUUUAUUUGUUGGAUUUGCUUUAUUGGCUGGAGGAUUAGCAGGAUCAUUAGUUGUACUAAUUAUCAAAUUUUUAGUAAGAGAUUAUAAUACUUAUCCAACCGUAGGUAUGGGUGUGAACAAUGUAUUAGGGAAUUUGUGUAUCUUAAUGAGUUGUGUUGUCUUAUGGAUCGCUCAAAAUGUUGAAGAUGAUUAUUCUUAUAAUCUAACUUUAUAA